AUUCUCGUAGUGUUUAGUUGUGACAUUGGAAGAAAGGAACAUUCAAAAUGUCGGGUUUUGUGAAAUUAGCUAUUGACGACUACUACUCAGAUAGUAAUUGGACGACCAUUAUCAAUAAGUACUGGAUGUUAGCUGAAAAGGUUUCAGAUCCAAGGGUACAAGGAUGGUUCCUGUUCGACACGCCUCUCCCCACACUUGCCAUGGUGAUAGUUUACCUGUCAAUUGUGAUGGUCAUCGGCCCACUAUGGAUGACCAACAGGAAACCAUACAAAAUACAAAACACUCUAGUAGCUUAUAACGCUGGACAAGUUCUAUUGUCGUCCUAUAUGUUUUAUGAGCACUUAAUGUCGGGAUGGUGGGGAGACUACAGCAUCGCGUGCCAACCGGUGGACUACAGUGAAAAUGAUCAAGCGAGAAGAAUGCUGCAUCUAUGCUGGGUGUACUACUUCUCGAAGCUCUCAGAGUUCGCCGACACCGUCUUCUUCGUGCUGAGGAAAAAGAAGAGUCAGAUCACGUGGCUGCACCUGUACCACCACUCGCUGACGCCAUUCGAGGCGUGGCUACUUGUCAAAUUCAUUGCUGGUGGUCACGGAACCUUCUCGAACAUAGUGAACAACCUUGUACACAUCAUCAUGUACAGUUAUUACAUGGUGGCAGCCAUGGGACCUCAGUACCAGAAGUACCUGUGGUGGAAGAAGCACCUUACAACCCUUCAGCUAGUCCAAUUCUUCAUGGUGCUGUUCCACUCCAUGAGCGCUCUGGUAUACGACUGUGGCUAUCCAAAACUUAUUGCAUCCGGCCUCAUCCUCCACUCAAUGAUUUUCAUCGUGCUGUUCAUGAACUUCUACAUGCACGCGUAUGACAAAGUUGUUGGCAAAGAUAAGAAAGCAGUGGAAGUAACCAACAACAACAAUAUAUCAAAUGGUCACAACAAAUACAACAGCCACAUAAAAGUGAAUGGUGAGGCUAAUGGUCAACUUACCAAUGGCGAGGUCCAAGCCAAUGGCCUAUAUGCCAACGGUUACACAAAACCUAAUGAUUGCAGUAAUGGUCACAUCAAAAAUGGAUAUACGAAUGGACUCGCAAACGCUACAGAUAAAGAAAAGCUACAAUAAUUUGGUCGUCUUGUUGUUUUCAUUGUUGAUUGAUUGUAAUUGUGACAUGUUGUGAGUUCUGUUUCUUAUCUGAAAUAGCUUUGCUAGGUAAAAGUGUCUAUGGUAGCAUUAAUAACUGCCAAAGAUAGCAAUGCGGUUGGUAAA